CAAAAAGUGACAUUACCUGAGGGAGAGUCUCGCUAAUAAGAAUUUACAUGUCAAUGGUUAGUUAAGUUCACGAGCUGAGUUAGCCAGUUCUGUGCAGGCCGGCGGUUGCAGUAAGUCUGGGUAUUGGGAAUGUGUUCACUACACCCGGUACUUCUACUGUGCUUGAGCGGCUUCGCUAUGGCAGGUCUCCGCAUAGGAACGUGGGCCACAGCGAGUCCAGACCGACCCAUAGGGUUCGGGUUCGGCGCUCCUCUUGUCCACAAUCUCACCCUCGGCAAGCCGGGGAAAUAUGACAGGCUCCUGUACGUCCAGCGGGUGAAGCGGCCGGCCCGGCGGGGCGGGGUCCUGGAGACGGUGCACUAUCCUCCCUCCUGGUCACCCCUGGAAUUUUUGACCGCCAUCCAAGUGGAGGACAUGUGGAGAAAUGGCUCCAACGGUCAUCCCUACCUGGCCGGUGGGGGACUGUACCAACGGGAGGCCACAGUACGCCUGGAGUCUGGACCUCGCUACGGCAUAGACUUCCUAGUUAGAUUCUACGGCCACUAACCGCUACGGUGACGAGGGUUCUGCUGCAACUUCCGCCCAUGGUCGAGUGUUACGAUGUAGGCAUCGUCUGAGGUAUUACGGAAAGGAAAGGGAGUGGAAUAAAAGAGUAGCUGAAGAAAAGGACAAUAGAUACUUCAGUCCUCCUCCACAAUGAGAGGCAAUUGGGAGGCAAGAACACUAUAAAGCCAACAACCACGCAAAAACUCAGAUAUUCCAUCUUGUUUAGGCCCUUCCUCAGCAAUUUUAUGUUGCAAUUCUUUUGAAAUGUUUACGUAGCCAUGAAUGAUAAAAAAAUUCAAAUAUUUCUUUUUAAUAUUUUAAUACAAUUGUUGAAUUUUGUGAUACCUGAUACCUUUUCCAAGAGAUUGCUCAAUGAGCUGCGUAGUUUUAUUGUCCACAGUUCAUAAAUAAAAAAAAAUAUCGUCCA